GUUUGCUGGGUUACUAUAAUAUUUUUUUUUUAGAAGUGUUUAUUUAGUGUAUCUUACAUGUAUUAAAAGGGGAUUAUUGCCCCGCCCCCCACUUGAACGGGCCAUUUGGUGCCCCGCUUUACGCGCUCUCAAUGCGCUCACAUGAAUCCACUCAUGCCUGGAAACGGAGUUCUCCUAGUAGCGCGCCCAAGAGCCCAGAGAUUCAACCCGAUGCCCAGGAUCAAACAUCCCUUCUCUAGCACGCACUGAAUAAAUCAGGCUUACCUCUAUUUGGAUGGGCGCGAAAUUAUCGUUUAAAUCCUCGAUCAAAAUGGGAUGCGCAAUAUCAGGCGUGACACCCAAGUCAGGUGGAGACGGGAACGCCGACGUUGGACUACCACAUCUCAGCGACAAUCAGAUCCAGAUGAUCAAAGAGUCAUGGAAAGUUAUCCGGGACGACAUUGCGAAAGUUGGAAUUAUCAUGUUCGUCAGGCUGUUUGAGACCCAUCCUGAGUGCAAGGAUGUCUUCUUCCUAUUCCGAGAUGUGGAGGACCUGGAGAGGCUGAGGAACAGCCGGGAGCUGAGGGCUCAUGGGCUGCGAGUGAUGUCAUUCAUUGAGAAGAGUGUGGCGCGUCUGGACCAGCUGGAGCGACUGGAGGCGUUGGCCAUUGAGCUUGGAAAGAGCCAUUACCGGUACAACGCCCCACCCAAAUACUACAGCUAUGUAGGGGCAGAAUUCAUCUGUGCUGUCCAGCCUAUUCUGAAGGAGCAGUGGACCCCUGACUUGGAGGAGGCGUGGAAGACCAUGUUCCUGUACGUGACCGGCUUAAUGAAACAAGGUUACCAGGAAGAGGAACGAAUGCGCCUUCAGCAGGACUCCACCUCCCCGAAGGAGCGGCCCGACAAGAGGAACACGGCCUUAUGAAGCCAACCGCCAAGUCAUUCAGUAAAAGGACUUUUCAGAAGAAGCACACUGUUGUGGCUUACAUGAAUUGACAACUCCAUCAUUGUUAGAAGUACACCAUGAAGAUGUCUUGUUCAACCUAGAACACUUUACUCCUCAGUUAGAACUUUUACACACAUCUUUUAUGGAGAAUGGGAGUUGCAUUUGAACCAACAAAACGUGUGGCCACUUUUCAAAUGAGUUUGAAACAGAAAUGUGGUAAAAUCCAAUGACUGUGCACAAGUUAGACGCCAUUUUCAGUAAAUGUACUUUAUAGAGCUGUUUCCCCACCAAAUUAACUCCAUGAUAGCCUCAUUACAAAUCGCUUUCCUAUAUACAUAUUUCAAUUUACCAGGGCAAAGUGAAUAGGGUUGCUCUACCGAUAGUUAACUGGCCAAAAAAAAAA